AAGGAUGUGGAGAAGACCCGUGGAGAGGCGGGGCCCCGGAGUAGCGCCAGCUCGAAGCGGGGGUGGGUCCAGGCAGAAGGCAGAGGCGGGGCCAAGUUAGUGCGCAAGCGCGCGGCCGCAACUUCAGGCCCGGAGCAACAGCAGUAGCGGUGUAGCCAGGGCAGAGAACGGGUGCAGACCCAGGCUGUGGGUGCAUGGAGAGCAGAUUCUGGCUCCGACGCGGUGAGCGAGCCCAAGGACUUUAACUGCUUUGUCUGAGACCUGGGCCGGGGCGACGGGGACGUGGCAUGACGUAAUUAAGCGAGAUGACGUACCCGGCGUGAGGGGCGUGGCGAAUCGUAACCGGACGUAGCCAAGAUGGCCGCGCGCAUGAGUCUCCUCGGUGCAGAGCGGAGGGGUCCGCGGUCAGGGAAACUUUCGGGUUAUUAGGUUCCUGCAAGUUAUUUGGGGCCCAAUCAAGAUUUCAAGCUAAACAUGGCAGUGAUGAGUAGCCUGAGGGCCAUUCUUCAAGCCUCUCCAUGCAAGUCACUUUGGAGAAGAUUCCAGAUCCCCACGUUCAUGCCAGGAAGGCCCUGCAGCUGCACGUAACGAAACCUGGAACCAAGCCUAUGAAGCAAAGCUGAGUGAAGUUAAGUGCUUUCCUGCCAGGUCACAGCGCUGACAGAUGGAGAACUGGAUUGAAAAUCUGUGGACCACACUCUGUGCAGAGCCUCUGAGCUCCUGCAGGCUCAGCAGGUGCAGCCUCCUGCAAGCUCUGGAGUCUGAGUGUUUUAAGGGUACCCAAGAUUUGUUUUAAUCAGCUACAUAUCACAGAGAGCUACAGAAAUUGAUGGAUACGGUGCAGUCAAGCAUAAGGACACCCUUGUGGAAUUUGGGUCAUUCGAUCCUUCCUGCCUGAUGCCUGCCUGCCCAGAUUACUGGACCUACUCGGGGUCCCUGACUACCCCUCCACUCUCUGAGUCUGUCACCUGGAUCAUUAAGAAGCAGCCCGUAGAGGUUGAUCAUGAUCAGGUUAUUAGGUUCCUACAAGCUAUUUGGGGCCCCAAGCAAGAUUUCAGGCUAAUCAUGGUGGUGAUGAGUAGCCUGAGGGCCAUUCUUCAAGCCUCUCCAUGCAGGUCACUUUGGAGAAGAUUCCAGAUCCCCACGUUCAUGCCAGCAAGGCCCUGCAGCCUCUACACCUGCACAUACAAAACCCGGAACCGAGCCUUGCACCCACUCUGGGAGAGCGUGGACCUGGUCCCGGUGGGUGAGCGCCAGUCGCCCAUCAACAUCCGGUGGAGGGACAGCGUCUUCGAUCCUGCCUUAAAACCACUCACCAUCUCUUACGACCCGACCACCUGCCUCCAUGUCUGGAAUAACGGGUACUCUUUCCUCGUGGAAUUUGAAGAUUCUACAGAUAAAUCAGUUAUCAAGGGAGGACCCCUGGAGGACAACUACCGACUGAAGCAAUUCCAUUUUCACUGGGGGGCCAUCGAUGCUUGGGGCUCUGAGCAUACUGUGGACAGCAAAUGUUACCCGGCAGAGCUGCACUUGGUGCAUUGGAAUGCAGUCAAAUUUGAAAACUUUGAGGAUGCAGCACUAGAAGAACAUGGUUUGGCUGUAAUAGGAGUAUUUUUAAAGUUAGGCAAACAUCACCAAGAACUACAGAAAUUGGUGGAUACCUUGCCAUCAAUCAAGCAUAAGGACACCCUUGUGGAAUUUGGGUCAUUCGAUCCUUCCUGCCUGAUGCCUGCCUGCCCAGAUUACUGGACCUACUCGGGGUCCCUGACUACCCCUCCACUCUCUGAGUCUGUCACCUGGAUCAUUAAGAAGCAGCCCGUAGAGGUUGAUCAUGAUCAGCUUGAGCAGUUUCGGACUCUGCUUUUCACAUCAGAGGGGGAGAAGGAGAAAAGAAUGGUGGACAAUUUCCGCCCCCUCCAGCCCCUGAUGAAUCGCACUGUCCGCUUCUUCCUUCCGUCAUGAUUAUGUACUGAAUAUACAAGCGAAACCCCAGUCUUCAACUAGCCAAGUGACCCCCUGAGAUGCUCAUAUCUGGGCAGUACUUUGCUUUAAUAAAUAAUAGCUUUUUUAAAAUUGCAACUAGACUAUUUGAAACACCUGCAUUUAAUAAUAAUUAGAGGCAUGCAUUUCUUGUGUAGCAGUACUCCCAUGAGUCUUUGAGGAAAGCUCUUUGGUAGACAAGUUCUUAAUUUUAUUGAUAACGAUGUUUAAUGCUGAAGUAGCAGCAAGAGACUCAAGUUUCUCCUACAGCAGCCUGUUGAUAAUUGUAAUGUCUUUUCAUGUCUGAUAUUUCUGAGUUGUCUUUUUAUGUUUAUCAGUUAGUACUUCUAUAGAGCUAUAAGUAGGGAUGGCAAUCAAAAUAUUGAACAACUGGAACAACUAUAGAGCUAUAAGUAGGGAUGGUAAUCAAAAUAUUGAACAAUUGAACACAGACACUGAUCCUUCAGAAGGCAGGCCUCUCAGAAAUAGCCUCAGAGUCCAGGCUGGUACUUCCUGGCUAGCUGAACAUUGGCCAUGGUUUUACAUAUAUUUUAUUUCAAAACAUGAAUGUAUAUUCUUUUAUAAGGCCUUCCCAAUGAAUAUAUUUGUCCUGACCUUUCGUUGUCAUUCAUAGUACAUGAUAUGCUUACUUACUUACUAUUAACUUACAAGAUAGAAAAAACAAGAAUUUACUUUAUAACUAGGAAUCCAUUUCCACUUUUUUUUUCUAUUUUCACUUCUGAAGAUCAGAUAUAUUACUUCAAUACUUGAUCAUAUGGAAAGCGUAUGCAGAACAUUUUAAAGAAAAUGCUUGAAGGGCCUAGAAUUUAAAAUUCUUUCAUGACAUAUUUAUAGAAAUCUUUUUCAAAAGACUAGUAAUAUAAAUCUAUAGUUUAUAGUAUUAUUUUGCAUUGUUUGUACACUGUUUCAUAAAAUAUAAUAUUUUCCACUAUGACAGAACCAUCUUGGCUUCAUGGCUUCCCUUGAACUGCUGAACUUUAUUACAUUGUUCUAUGCAAGGCAGGUGCUCAACUUGCCAAUUUAUACAAUAGCUUAGAAGACUUGCUACAGUAACAAGGAGAGAAACUUAACAGGCUAAAAUCUAGAGAACUCUACAUAUUCUGAGGAAUCCAUGCUAUUGCUGCCUUUGCUUUUAAAUAUCUUGGAAUAUUUCUAGUUGCCUAUAAGCCUGUGUUCAAACUCAUAUUGCAUUUACUAGUAGUAUUCCUUUCAUUAGGAUGCUAAUCAUUUGAUCUGCAAAGGCAGGGUUAGAUGAGUAGAUUUGACACUACUGAACUCUACACUGAAAAAGGUUAAGAUGGUAAAUUUUAUGUGUAUUUUACCACAAUUAACAAUAGAUAAUACAUUCAGUAGGAAAAAAAUAAGCUUGGAGCUAUAUGUAUAAGUUUGGGGAGCUAUGUGCUCUUAAAAAAGGGAGAGGAUGAAGGCAUUCGCUUCUAGAGUGCAUUCCUUUUCUGGAAAGAAAAUGAGUAAAAUUCUUAAAAAGAUAAUUGUGGGGGGAAAAUGUAUAUCUUAAUUUUAUUUAAUUGAUCUGUUCAAACCACAGUUACCUUUAAAAGGGUAAACACAUAAGAUAUGCAUUUUCCAGAGCACAUGGGCCUUUUGCAAACUCCUGGUGCAAAAUUAUGUUGCAGUGAAUCUUCCAAAUUGGAGUGAGAACCAAUGGACCAAUGCCUGAUUUGCCCUUAUAUCUUAGAGCUACAAAGGUUGUUUUUAUUGGGUGUGUCCAGUUUGCUAUACCUGAUUCAGUUGCACCUGGUGUUCUGGUGUGAUUAACAGCGUCCUCUCACUCUCAACCAUGUCAUGGUUUGCAUAAUAAAUUCUUGGUCACCUUCUCCAUGGAGGUUAUAGAAACUGCCUUAGGGAAAUGUGGUCCCUCCUCCUUGCCCGUGCCUUAGUCGUAUGACCUCCAAAGGGGUGCUUCAGAUUCCAGGGCUACUGAUACAACCUAACAAGAAACUUUUUGUCUUUUGUGCCUCCAAAAGUGUUUUACUUGUAUCUUCCUGAACUCAAAGGGGGAAAAUGGGCUUGAGGUCUGUCAAAGGGCUUGAGAAAGAAUUUUGUAUGAACACUGCUCCUCAUUUUCAUUAAAUACUAUAAUAAAAUGCUUUCUUUACAAUAUUAA